AUGUGCAUUCCCUUAGCGCUCCUUAAUGCAUUCUCUCUCUUUGCACAAUCACCCCCUCAGUACAUUUUCUCCCUCAGUGCAUUCACCUGUUCAGAGCAUCCACUCAACCUACCACCCCCCACUGCAGGCUACGGCGACCUGUCGGCCUUCACAGUACCGGAGCGCAUCUGGGCAGCACUGUUCAUGCUGGUGAAUCUGGGCCUCACGGCGUACGUGCUGGGCAACAUGACCGUGCUGCUCACCAAGGCCGACGCCCACACCGCCACCUACCGCGACCGCCUCAGCGCCAUCAACCGGUACAUGCGGGCACAUGUGGUGCCGGCUUCACUGCAGGAGCAGGUGCAGGCGCAUCUCAAGCUGCACUUCGACACCGCGGAGGUGCGGGACGAUGUGUUGUUGCACUGCCCAUCAUCCGUGCGCACGCUGGUGAAGCGCCACGUGUACUCGCGCUUCGUCAACUCCUCCUACCUCUUCGCCGGCACCUCCAACGUCUUCCGCGUGAGUCACCGCCUCCCUUGCCCAUGCCCCCCCACCUAUUCGCCUGCUCCCACACGCCCCCUCCCACACGCCCCCUCCCACACGCCCCCUCCCACACGCCCCCUCCCACACGCCCCCUCCCACACGCCCCCUCCCACACGCCCCCUCCCACACGCCCCCUCCCACACGCCCCCUCCCACACGCCCCCUCCCACACGCCCCCUCCCACACGCCCCCUCCCACACGCCCCCUCCCACACGCCCCCUCCCACACGCCCCCUCCCACACGCCCCCUCCCACACGCCCCCUCCCACACGCCCCCUCCCACACGCCCCCUCCCACACGCCCCCUCCCACACGCCCCCUCCCACACGCCCCCUCCCACACGCCCCCUCCCACACGCCCCCUCCCACACGCCCCCUCCCACACGCCCCCUCCCACACGCCCCCUCCCACACGCCCCCUCCCACACGCCCCCUCCCACACGCCCCCUCCCACACGCCCCCUCCCACACGCCCCCUCCCACACGCCCCCUCCCACACGCCCCCUCCCACACGCCCCCUCCCACACGCCCCCUCCCACACGCCCCCUCCCACACGCCCCCUCCCACACGCCCCCUCCCACACGCCCCCUCCCACACGCCCCCUCCCACACGCCCCCUCCCACACGCCCCCUCCCACACGCCCCCUCCCACACGCCCCCUCCCACACGCCCCCUCCCACACGCCCCCUCCCACACGCCCCCUCCCACACGCCCCCUCCCACACGCCCCCUCCCACACGCCCCCUCCCACACGCCCCCUCCCACACGCCCCCUCCCACACGCCCCCUCCCACACGCCCCCUCCCACACGCCCCCUCCCACACGCCCCCUCCCACACGCCCCCUCCCACACGCCCCCUCCCACACGCCCCCUCCCACACGCCCCCUCCCACACGCCCCCUCCCACACGCCCCCUCCCACACGCCCCCUCCCACACGCCCCCUCCCACACGCCCCCUCCCACACGCCCCCUCCCACACGCCCCCUCCCACACGCCCCCUCCCACACGCCCCCUCCCACACGCCCCCUCCCACACGCCCCCUCCCACACGCCCCCUCCCACACGCCCCCUCCCACACGCCCCCUCCCACACGCCCCCUCCCACACGCCCCCUCCCACACGCCCCCUCCCACACGCCCCCUCCCACACGCCCCCUCCACACGCCCCCUCCCACACGCCCCCUCCCACACGCCCCCUCCCACACGCCCCCUCCCACACGCCCCCUCCCACACGCCCCCUCCCACACGCCCCCUCCCAUACUACUCACCUUGUAUCCCUUUACCCAUUGACCUGUAUCACCCUUGUCUCCUGUAUCCCACACUCAAGUAUCUGCAGCAAAGCUGCUUGCGCCCACCCCAUUGCAUGCUCCCUUACUCACAAUCACUUUCAAAACCCUUCCCACCCCCCAUCCCUCCAUCAAUCCGUCCCCAUGUGUGCUUGUGUGCAUGGGCGCAGGACCAAGUGACAACGCGGGCCAAUGUGGAUUUCUUCCUGCCGCACGUGGACCUGGUGGCAGCAGGCAACAGCACCACGGAGCUGCUUAUCAUUGCCUCGGGGCAGGCGCAGGUGAGCGAUUCAUGGUGCACGCAGUCGUGUGGUGUGGUGCGGCACAUUGUGUGCGUGACAAGGACGGCAACGAGAUGCAGUGGUUCGUGCUGCACGAGGGGGACUGCGUGGGAGGUGAGCCGCUUACUGCACACUGACCGGCUGGGAGCGGGGAGGUGUGGGGAGUGCAUGGGAGGUGUGGAGAGUGCAUGGGGAGGUGUGGGGAGUGCAUGGGGAGGUGUGGGGAGUGCAUGGGGGACUGCGUGGGAGGUGAGCCGCUUACUGCACGCUGACCGGCUGGGAGCGGGGAGGUGUGGGGAGUGCAUGGGAGGUGUGGAGAGUGCAUGGGGAGGUGUGGGGAGUGCAUGGGGAGGUGUGGGGAGUGCAUG